GCCUUAAAAGUGUUGUAUUAUGCGUACGACUCUGUAAGGCAAAUCGUGUACUCAUCAGUUAGAAAAUAGGAACUCGUAAGGAAACUUGACUCAGACUUGAACAACGUUGUUGAACAAAUGGCUCGUUACACAUCGGUCGCAUUCAUCCACCUUGUCCUCUGUUAUUUAAUAUUCGUUUUGUCCUUGAGUUCCACUGAUGCUGCUCUUUCGUUAAAGCAACAACUGAAACAAUUAAAAGAAAACUACAACCAGUUCAAGGAAAGUGUUGAAGCUAAAAAUGUAGAACUGGAAGCUAAAGUGGCUCAACUGGAGAUCCAACUCCAGGAGAACAAAGAAAUUCGAGAAAGUCUGGAAUCAAGAAUAGUUCAAUUAGAAGCCAAAGUUCAACAUCACGAGUCGUUCUUAUCUGAAGUUUUGCUGUACCCGAAUUUAACGGACAACAAACAGCAGCAGCAAUCAUCGUACAUAAUUACAACUAGCAUUAGCCAACCCGUAAUUGGAAUGCCAACCUCAUGCAAGGAUCUCAAACAAAUUGGACACAAUUGGAGCGGAUUGUAUUCAGUGAUGGGAAACAAAUCAGUCGAAACUGUUUACUGUGAUUUUACUAAGAUACUCGAUGAUCCAGAUUUACAGAAAUGGAUCGGGUACGCCGACGUUAAGGCAACACCCACCUAUUUUUAUGUUCAAAAGAAUUCGUCUUUUUCGGCCUUUGACACUCCAAUCCCGUUCGAAGUUGAACGAGUCAACGUCGGAAAUGCUAUGGAUUCAUCUAAAGGCGUUUUUACGUCGCCUCAGGCUGGAACCUAUCACUUUUCCUUCAUUGGAAUGGCCAGUUUCCCCACGUCUUCGAUUUUUGUUUGUUUGGGAGUAGGGCUUCACUUGAACGGCGAUCGAGUCGCAAUGGGUUUGGCCGAAGAAGCAAACACAAUCAAAGGUCAAAAUAGUCAAUUAACUUUGCAAUCGACACUCCACUUGGAAAUGGGAGAUCGAGUUUGGGUCGAGAUUUACUACAAAUCAAGUUCUGUUUACCUGUACGACGCCAUUGGUUAUCACUAUACUCAUUUCACAGGGUGGAUGUUGUGAAUCUGUUGUUGAAAAUAAACGUUUUAUAAUCACGA